AUAUAUCGAUGUGAACGCAACCACAAUGCCACCAAAUGGAUGAAAAAGACUUCUAUGGCUCCCCUGUGACCAUCACAUCGGUUCUGGAAACCUCUGGGGUGACGGAAGUAUCUCGCAAACCUUGGCUAUUCAUGUUUGUCAAAGCCAAAGACUGCUGGUUAUUACUUCCUGCAUCGAUUUUUACCAUCCUUUCUGCUAUGGUCCCUGCCACCGUCGCCGUGCUGCUAGCAAGAGUAUUUGAUAAACUGGAGGGGUUUGGUCGAAAUGAAUAUUCAUCCAGCCGUGAUUUCGUGGCAGAUGUGCAAUGGUUUUGUUUCGCAAUCGCUUUUGUUGGAAUUGGUGCCACGCUUUUCAGCUGGUUAGGACUGACUUGCUUUCUUCUUGUUGGAGAGAGACAACAAAAACGUUGUAGACAGCAAGUUUACCAAUCUUUGCUUCGAAAAGAACUAGAAUGGUUUGACAGGAAGUCGGAUCUUAACUCCAAUUUGAUGCAGGUGAACCGAUGCAUAGAGGAGUUCAGGAUGGGAGUCUCCGAGUGUCUUGAGAUGCUUAUUAAGUCAGUUGCCAUGCUCUGUGCUUUAUUAAUACUCAGCUUCUAUUAUUCAUGGAGGCUAACUUUGCUGGUGAUGGCUACCAUUCCUGUAAUCGUCCUGGUUACCAGUGGUUGGGGAAUAUUAAUAGGGAAAUAUACCACAUUGGAAAACAAGCAUUCAGAAAAUACAGUCAAGGUCCUGGAGUGGAAUUUGCUCAAUUACACGUGGAUCAAAAUUGUUGAUUCCUCCUUGCUGGAAAAAAGGAAGCUCGAUGCUGCUAGUAAAUUGACCUCCCACAGCUUCUUGAGAACGAAGCUCUUCUUCAACUUGAAUGCAGGCAUGAUAAAGUUCUUGGCACUCAUGAUGUUUAUUCAAAGCUUCUGGUAUGGAUCAUUUUUAGUACGCAACCACCUCAAUUCUUCGGGCGACAUUAUUUCCUGCUUUUAUUCUUGCCUGACCGUUUCACGGAUAUUCUCAACCAUCUCUUCCCAGAUUGUGAGUUUGAGGACUGCACAUAUCUCACUUAAGUAUGUUUUCAAAAGUGUGGACUGCUCAAAUGUCAGUUAUGAAGGAGGUUUCCAGCCUAAACAUGAUAUGAUGGGUGAUAUCAAAAUCUCUAAUGUCUCCUUCAAGUAUCCAGUGAGAGACGAUUGGGUCCUCAAAAACAUUACCUUACAAAUCCCUGCAAAUCAUCUGUUGUAUAUAGUUGGAAAAUCAGGCUCAGGAAAAUCCACCCUUGCGUCCCUCAUCCUGAGGCUGUACCAUUUUGACGGCAAAAUUACCUGUGAUGACUAUGAUAUUUCGAGACUGGAUCGAAGCUGGCUAGCCUCACAAAUCACUUUGGUCCAGCAGCAAUGCAUUCUUUUUGGUGGUACAAUAUUUGAAAACCUGUCUUUGGGUUGUCCUACUCCUGUUGCCCCUAAAUUGCUGAACGAGGCCUUACAAAUAACAGGUCUUGAUCAAUUGAUUGCUUCUCUGCCUGCAGGAUUGAACACGAAAGUGGGAGGAGGUCCUGGCUCUAUAACACUGAGCGGAGGACAGCAGCAGAAAGUUGCUCUAUGUAGAGCACUUAUUAGAGAUACACCCGUGCUCAUCUUGGAUGAAGCUUUGUCUGCGGUGGAUUAUAGUCAGCGAAUCUUGAUUUUGGAGAAGCUCAAAAGAAACAGAAGGAGAAGGUCCACAAUCAUUAUGACACACGACUACUCCGAGAUAGCAGAUUCAGAUUACGUUGUUCUUAUGGAAAAUGGUAAGAUUGAGGAGCAGGGCGUCAAGAUUGACCUGCUAAAUAGAAAAACCAGGUUUGCCUCCUUCCAAUACCAACUGGAUAUCCCAGAUGAUCCCUUUGAGCAUCGAAUGGAAGAAGAGGAAGUCGGGCAAAGACUUGAUCUAGUACAAGAUUUGGAGAGCCAAGCUCAUAAAAAAGUGAGCGUUUUACGCCUCCUUCGUCAACUGUGGCAUGUUCUUACAUUUGGCUCUAGGGUCUGUUUCUUGCUUGGCAUUAUAGUUUCCGUGGUAAAUGCAUCUAUGACGCCCUUGUUUACCUUUUUUCUUUCCAAAUUAGUGCUUGGGAUAGUGUCAGUUGGACAGCAGGUGUCCAGUACUUAUAUGGUGAAAUGGUCUCUGGCUCUUUUGUGCGUGGCGUUCAUGGAUGGACUUUCAUUGUUCACUUCGAAGAUGGCACUAAGCCAGAGCUCGGAAACAUUGGUUGAUCAGCUGCGAAACAGAGCUUUUGACAAGAUUCUUGUUCAGCCUGUCUGCUGGUUUCAGAGCGCAAACCCAAGCGCCCUUUCGUCACUGCUUAUCAAUGAUAUCAAGGACCUCAGAACUGUGAUUUCAGAUGCUCCAAGUCAGCUCAUUUCUGUUAUUGCCCUAAUACUGAUUGCUCUGGUUUGGUCUUUGAUCGUCUGUUGGAAACUAGCACUAGUGGGCCUCAGUUUUGCUCCUCUUUUCGCUAUGUUUUCAAUCUUAUUUUCCAUUGUCUUGCAAAAAUAUGAGACGGAGUACAAGGAAGCAUCCGAUAAUGUAGAAGGGGUUGUCCAUGAGAGCGUCUUGGGAAUGAAAACAGUGGUGUCACUUAAUCUUCAGAAUUAUUUUCAAGCCAGAUUCAACAAUCACAUGAAUCGAAUGAACCAUGCAGGAAAACAGCGGGCACUGAUUAUCUCCAUAGCCAUGGCUGCACAAAACAUUGCAAUCUAUCUCUCACAAGCAAUCAUGCUCUACUAUGGCAUCAAAUUAGUGUCAGAAAAGUCAAUCACUUUGGUCCAGAUGAUUCAGGUGGUAGCUUUAAUAAUGUUCACUGUUGGUUACGUUUCUGCUAUGCUUUCAUCAAUGCCCAACGUGAACAAAGGUGUGCUAGUUUUCAUGAAAAUUCUUACUUUGAUCCAACUUCCGGAUAAUUUACAGGAAUCUUACGGGACAACCAAACCGGUAAUGAAACCAAAUAAGCCAUUGCUUAAGUUCCAGAAUGUGCAAUUUAGUUACGACCCAAACACAUCUCCGGUGUUGGAUAACUUCAAUCUCUCUCUCUACAUGAAUGAAAUUACGUGUAUAGUGGGCAAAUCUGGCUGCGGAAAAUCAACGCUUUUGAAUCUCCUAUUACGGCUCUACAGCCCCCAGAAAGGAUCAAUCAAAUUUUGCGGGGCAAACCUUGAUCAACUUGAUAUGUCUGAGCUCAAAAAAGAGGUGGCUGUCGUUACUCAGAACCAUUACUUUUUUGAUGGAACAAUUUUCGAAAACUUGACGUACAAUUUGCAUAAAACAGUAACGAGAGCACAAAUCGAUGAAGUCCUCGAAUUGGUGGAUAUGGCAAAAUUCGUUCACAGUCUUCCGGACAAUUUGUUCUCGCGCAUCGGUGGUUCUUCUAAUCUCCUGAUCUCUGGCGGACAGCUACAACGGCUUUGUAUUGCUAGAGCUCUCAUUAGAUCGCCCAAGGUUUUAAUUCUUGACGAAUGCACAGCAUCGUUGGAUCCGCAAAAUACUAAGCGGGUAGCAAAAAUCAUUUUGGGACUGAAGAAGCACGUGACCAUCAUCAUGAUAAGCCAUCAGAGAGAAAUGAUGCAGAUAGCAGAUACCGUGGCAUAUAUGGAGGACGGAAUCAUCAAGGAGAAGGGCCACUACAAUACGCUUUC